AGGUUUGUUGCAGCUACUUGUUCAGUGAAAUGUAGGUGGAGCCUUUUCCUUCAGCGCCUGUCUGGAUCACAAAGCUGCUCACUGUCUUUGUCUUUCUUCCUUUCUCUUUUACACACACACACACACACACUUUUCAUAAUCCUUUAUUAAACUACUGUUUUUCCCAGGCUGCUGAAGCAAAUAGUAGGAAGACUUUUUUGCUUAUCGGUCAAACCACUAAAGAAGACCCAAACAAGAUGGUUCAAUAUGGUCUGGACUAUACACGCUGCAGAUGGAUCUUGCCUCUUCUUCUGGGCUUAGCAAUGAUCUUUGGUAUCAUCGCACUGGUUGGUUGGGGCUGGGUAAGCUCAGAAACACGACCAUUUGUUCAACAAGGCUCGUUAUGGAGAUUAUGUACUCAACGAGAAGAAUGGGAAUGCAUAUCGCUCAUGGAUUUUGCCUGGGGUAAGGCUGCAGCGGCCACUUUCUUUGUUGGAUUUGUAAUCAUAGUGAUCUGUUUUGCCCUGGCCAUCAUCGCGUUUGCCAUCUCAACGCUUCGCUUCAACUUCAUCAGAGGCAUCGGAGGCCUGUGUUUUGUUGCUGCUGUAUUCUCUCUAAUGGGCCUUGUCAUCUACGCUGUAAUGGUCUCAAAAUAUUUACGUGAGAAUUACCCAGGAGUUAUAAGGAAUCAGCUCGGCUGGUCCUAUGGCUUUGGGUGGACCAUGUGCCUUAUGGGUAUAGGUCUCGGAUUCUUUUUUUGCUGCCUCCCCCUGUAUGAAGAUCAUAUUUUGGGAAAUGUCAAACCUUAUUAUGCAUAACUUCUAGGAAGAGCAACGGAGUCAUGUUAUUGAUUUCCUAAACAUUUGCAUGCCGAUUAUGUGCAGACUAAAAUAUCCCUCGGCCUCCACCACCACCUCAGCCACACAUUGAAGCAGUAGAGGGGCUUUAACAGCUUUUAAAAACAAAUUGAAAAAUAUGCCAAGGUGUUAAAAACAAUACGUUAUUCCCAUUUCCCAUUUUGGUUUGAUGCAGAACAGUUAGAUUUUUUAAUAAACCCUUUUGGUUCCUAGGAAGAACCAGAAUUUUUUACCUUUCCUGUUUAAUGGGCAGGUUACAGUGUAAAUGCCUUUCUGUGACUGACCAAUCAAGCAUCCACUAAUCAACUGGUGUGAUUGAAGACUUACGUAUUAAAUUGUGCAUACUUAAAAUGAAUCUGAUCUGUUCCUAUUGAAAGGGAAUUUGGUUGCAGCAUUAUGGUCGAAAACAGUCCACAUACAUCCUUUUGUUUUAGCUAGUGGAUUUUUAAUGAUUUGUGGAAGAAGAAAUUGUCAGCGGUAGCAUUAUUUAGUCAAGGUAACCUGGCAACUUAAUGGAAAUCCUAAGAAUGUACUUAGCACUGAAAUACUGAAAUGUUAUUUAGUGCUUAAUACGUUAAUUGAAACUGGAUGAGUUACUUUACUAUAAUGUUUUAUCAGUUGAUUCUCUGGCAUCUACAGCCCUUACAUCCUUCAGGUGUUCCUAUAUUGCAGGAAAAAAUUUCCCUCAUGAGGUAUCCAAAUUCUGCUGGUGUUUGCUACUCAUGCCACCAGAAAUGAAAAUUUAAGCACAUGAAAAUAUAUUUAAAUUUGUUGAGCUCCAUUUCUGGAAUUUUACCUGCCUACUUGUGUGUUGCGAAUAUGUUGUGUAAGCCACAAUGGGAGAAAUGGCUGCAGACUAAUGGCAUGAGUCAACAACGCAUGCUCUUUCAUAAGACAGAAGCAAAGCUAUGCAAGGUAACAAUUUGCUAAUAUUCCUACCGUGCUUUUGUAUUAAUCUCUUUUUGUUUAUACAUUUGCUUUAUAAUCACAUAGCUAUCCUCAGUGAUCAGUGCUUGGGGGUGGGGAGAAAGUGGCAAAAGUCCUUAUUGUUAUAUUUUUAUUGAGGCAAUUAUUUUGUAAUAUAUUUGUAUUUCUGCACAACAAUUGGUAAGAAGCAACACAAUCCCUCUUUAUUAUAUAUAUAAAAAAUUCCUUCCAGUAGCACCUUAGAGACCAA